GUGAUCUGGCGGGAGAAGAUGGUUUGCGAGGAGGGCUCCGAAGACUGGCAGCCCUAGUGGCAGGAUGCGCUGAUGAGAAGUCCCCGGCUACAGCGCUUACCACCGGCCUGUUCUGGACGCCCUCCCUUCAGUCUCCCUUCUUUUCGCUAGCUCCACCAAGGCGGCCUCCGCUUCCCGAGCGUGCUCCCUCUCCCUCUCCCCGGCCUCUUCCUGCCUCCUCGGCCUGCCCUUACCCGUGACUCCUCCCGACUCCUGCCUUUUCGGGUCCCUUCCCAUACCCCUCUGCCGUGCUCCCUCCGUCUCCAGCUCGUGUGUUCAACAACAACGUCCACCAUGCCGUCCUCGCUCUAUGUCCCCAUGCUCGUCGCGGGCAUGCUCAUAACAGGUUCCAGCAAUUCAUUAUGGUCUAAAUGGCAGGACAUGCAAUGCGUCGAAAACUGCGACGAUCCUAACCCUACACAUCAUGUCCUCUACGAGCAGCCAAUAUGGCAAACCCUCCAAAUGUUUCUCGGAGAAAUGCUCUGUUUCCUUCCUGUCAUACUCACAUGGCUCAAUGCCAAGCGCCGCACUCCCGCCGUGCACCUUCCUCAGACCGAAGAAGAUAUAGAUGAAGAUCUGGAUGAUGAACCUUCUCGUCCUGGUUCCUCCAGCGCAGCCAAGGACUUCCCCGAUGCCGGUCCACAGCACCUUCGUGGAUGGAAAUGUCUCCUACUCUGGUUUCCUGCCGUUUGUGAUCUUACCGGCACAACGCUUAUGAACGUCGGUCUUCUGUAUACGCCGGUUUCCAUCUACCAAAUGACACGGGGCGCCCUCGUUCUCUUCGUUGGCACACUUAGUGUCAUAUUCUUGCGCAGGCGUUUAUGGUUAUACCAGUGGGUGUCGCUCAUUACCGUGAUGGCGGGUGUCUCGCUCGUGGGCUAUAGCGGGUCUUUAAUCAAGGACCCUAUACGAGAGGAGACCAACGCACUCCUCGCCCUAAGCCGGGCACUUUCAGAUAACCAUGCUGCGCCUUCUGUGCCGCUGCCGGAACCCAUCGAAGAGCCUCAAGUUACGAAAGUUCUGAUCGGCGUCUUCUUCGUCUUGUUUGCUCAAGUCUUCACUGCUACUCAACUUGUUGUCGAAGAAAAAAUCAUGGCCCGAUACACUGUCUCACCAGAUAUCGCCGUAGGUCUCGAAGGCUUCUUCGGCUUCAUCACUAUCCUCCUCGCACUGCCCUUCAUCUCCAUAUCCCCACUCUCCAACCCAUCGUCCCCGCAGUAUUCCCCAUUCUUCGACCUUCCACGAGGAUGGGCGCAAAUGAUCUACACGCCUACUGUGCUUUGGUCUGGUGUAGCCAUUGCGAUCAGUAUCAGUUUGUUCAAUUGGUUUGGAUUGAGUGUGACUAGACGGUUGAGUGCGACUGCUAGGAGCUUGACGGAUACGUGUAGGACUCUUAGUAUCUGGCUGGUCAGUUUGGGGCUCGGAUGGGAGAAAAUCGUUUGGCCGAUCUCGGUCUUGCAAGUUGCUGGGUUCGCCUUGUUGGUCUACGGCACUUUCCUCUUUAACAACCUUGUGAACCCGCCCAAGUAUUUGCGCCCAACAGAGAUCGAAGCCGAAUCUCCUCUCGCGGCCGAAGAGUCUCGUCACCUCCUUACGGAACAUACGCUUGACGAGACUGCGGCCCUCCCAGCUGAUUUGGGUACUAGUGGGUAUGAUAUCGUACCCCCUCCUGAACAGCGGAAUAGGUCGAGGAGUCGGUCAACAUCCAAGUCUCGUAGCCUCGUAGCUUGAGCUCGAUCUGAGACGUACGCUUCACUGGCUUUUUUCUUGUUGGAUUGUUGGAUGUUGGAUGGAAGCGCUGUGAGUCUGACAUUGACGACCCCUUCUCUUGAUGAACUUCUCUGCACAUACUGUAUCUCCAGGCACUUUCGAAUCAUCGUUGCUUCUAUUGCUUCGUACUGUUACAUUCAUGCAUUGUUACUAUAGCUACUCAUUACUACUGAUACAGACUAGCUAGUAGAUCAGGGGAGAGUUAUCUUCUUUUCACACUCACACUCACAUCUGUACUAUAUACUGUUAAGCUGCCCAACAGCUUCUAUAUCUCAUUCUGUUGUAUAUAUACUUUAUCAAUACCUUAGACCUGAAAGCCUGACACUCCAAGCUUCCAGGUUCCCUGGCUACCAUUCAAAGUGGGUGAAAGCAUCCGGAAUGAACGUUUGAGUUUAUC